AGCGGCGGCGGCGGGCGGCGGGGAGGCGCAGCCGGCGGGGUGGCCGAGAGCCGCGGGGCGGGGGCCGCGGCCGGUGGCCCGGGGCAGAGCUUGCAGGCAGCAUGGCGGGGCCGCGCGCCGGCCGGGGCUCCGGGCUCGGGCUCGGGCUCGGGCUCGGGCUGCUGGCGCUGUCCGCGCUCGGCUGCUGUCUGAUGCUGCAAGUCGGCGCCAAGAGGCCCCCCAAGACGCCCCCCUGCCCGCCCAGCUGCUCCUGCACCAGGGACACCGCCUUCUGCGUGGACUCUAAGGCAGUGCCCAGGAACCUGCCCUCCGAGGUCAUCUCUCUGACGCUGGUGAAUGCUGCCUUCUCUGAGAUCCAGGAUGGAGCGUUUUCCCACCUGCCACUGCUGCAGUUCCUGUUACUCAACUCCAACAAGUUUACUCUGAUUGGAGACAACGCUUUCACAGGACUGUCACACCUCCAGUACCUCUUCAUUGAGAAUAAUGACAUCUGGGCACUCUCCAAGUUCACCUUCAGAGGACUCAAGUCUUUGACACACCUAUCACUGGCCAACAAUAACCUGCAGACACUGCCUAGAGACAUCUUUCGGCCCCUGGACAUCCUGAGUGACUUGGACCUGCGGGGCAACUCGCUCAACUGCGACUGCAAGGUGAAGUGGCUGGUGGAGUGGCUGGCACACACCAACACCACUGUGGCCCCCAUCUAUUGCGCCAGCCCUCCUCGCUUCCAAGAGCACAAGGUGCAGGACCUGCCACUGCGGGAAUUCGACUGCAUCACCACGGAUUUCGUGCUGUACCAGACCCUGCCUUUCCCAGCAGUGUCAGCCGAGCCCUUCCUUUACUCCAGUGACCUCUAUUUGGCUCUGGCCCAGCCAGGUGCCAGUGCUUGCAGUGUUCUCAAGUGGGACUAUGUUGAACGGCAGCUUCGAGAUUAUGAUAGAAUCCCAGCCCCCUCCGCGGUGCACUGCAAGCCAAUGGUGGUAGACAGCCAGCUGUACGUGAUUGUGGCCCAGCUGUUUGGUGGCUCUUACAUUUACCACUGGGACCCCAACACCACGCGCUUCACCAAGCUGCAGGAUAUCGACCCACAGCGUGUGCGCAAGCCCAACGACCUAGAGGCUUUCCGCAUCGACGGUGACUGGUACUUUGCCGUGGCCGACAGCUCCAAGGCGGGGGCCACCAGCCUCUACCGCUGGCACCAGAAUGGCUUCUAUUCCCACCAGGCCCUGCACGCCUGGCACCGAGACACCGACCUGGAGUUUGUGGAUGGUGAGGGCAAACCACGGUUGAUUGUGUCCAGUAGCUCGCAGGCACCUGUGAUCUAUCAGUGGAGCCGCACCCAGAAGCAGUUUGUGGCUCAGGGUGAGGUGAGCCAGGUGCCCGAUGCCCAGGCUGUGAAACACUUCCGUGCCGGGCGCGACAGCUACCUGUGCCUCAGCCGUUACAUCGGCGACUCUAAGAUCCUGCGCUGGGAGGGCACCCGCUUCUCCGAGGUGCAGGCCCUGCCCUCCCGGGGCUCCCUGGCCAUGCAGCCCUUCCUCGUGGGUGGCCGCCGCUACCUGGCGCUGGGGAGUGAUUUCUCCUUCACGCAGAUCUACCAGUGGGAUGAGGGGCGCCAAAAGUUCGUGCGGUUCCAGGAGCUGGCUGUGCAGGCCCCACGGGCAUUCUGCUACAUGCCUGCGGGGGACGCCCAGCUGCUCCUGGCCCCCAGCUUCAAGGGACAGACGCUCGUGUACCGGCACGUAGUGGUGGACCUCAGUGCCUAGAGCGGUGCCGAGUCCUCUGGGCGCUCGGGUGGCCCCUGGAGGCUAGCAUAGAAGUCUCUGUGUGAGCAGCAUGUGUGCCCGUGUGAAGACACAUGUAACCAACCUGCAUACGUGCCCUCACAGAUGCCCCCCGUGCCCCCCCGUGAGCAUGGGCACACACUGUGGACUAGCCCAGGGGAGCCGCUUACCGUAGUUGUGACAGCAUGAAGACUUGUAUAUGCACCAGGCAAGCCUGCAGCCCUGUGCCCUCUCAUGUGUGGGCACAUGUCGGUCCCACACCCCUACCUGAAGGCCCCCUGCCCCGUGAUCUGCCACUUUCCCCAUGCUCUGGCCCCAGGGGAAGAGUGGGAGGGGCAGAGCCACCCCCUCCUCCUGUUUUUCGGCUUAUCUUCUCAGCUCUCUGGCCUCUCCUUGUCGGUGCUCCAGGUGUGUGUUUAUCUACUCACGCUCCGCAUUGCAGCCCACGGCCACAUCCUUCACCCUACUGGGUUCACUCACCCAUGCUGUCCUCCUUGUGCAUGCACCCAGGGAUGCUGAUGGACACCCUCAGUUACACAUGCACACGCACCUGUUGACAUUCCCACUUCUGUGUGCAUAUGUCCAGAUUCAGUGUGGCCUAAGGACGGUCUCCUUCAUCACCUUGACUCUUUUCUUGGAGAAGGCACACAGCACCUGCCCUCCUCUGCUCAUCCCUGGUGUGCCUACCUUGUAGCUGAUAAGGAUGGGAAUGGUGGUGCCUGCCUCUGGGUACCAGCUUGGUCUCCUGGGGGCAAAGCCCCUCUGCCUAAAGCAAUAACAAAGCAGACCCUGAGUUCUUCUGGGGGCUCUCUCUGUUCUCACUGGAGUUUCCUGCUCUGAGCCUGAAUCCAGCUCACCUGUGGACAGGAGACCACCUGGAAAAAAGCCUUUCAGCUCUUCUUUACUGUAGCUGCCCCAUCUUCAGACCACCCAUUGGUUCAGCCCCACCUCUGGGCUGUGGUGGGUUCAAGAGCUGGCCACUCCGGGGGCUCUGCAAGUACCUGGGCCAACUGGGUGGGUGCCAAGAGUGGAAUGGGGCUAGAGAGCAUCUUAGGGAUCCUAGGGCUUCUCCGAUCCACAGAGGCAGGCCGCAGGCAUUGCCUUUUAUUGCAAGCUGAGCGAUAGAGGGGGUGAGGGUCCGGUAGAAGCAGCACCUGGGAGCCAAGCUUCUGCUGCCCUCUGCUGUAUGCUGGGAAUAGACAGCUCUGAGCUGCAAGGCCAGUGGAGAAGGCAUGGGGUGGGGAAAUUUCUCUGUGUCCAGACUGUGUGAGGGCCUACUGGUGGCAGGAUGCCCAGGAGCACUCAGGGGCAAUGUGAUGAUUCACUGCUGCAAAUAAAAAUUUCCCACCCCAUUACUGAC